AUGAUGACAAACUUACCACUCAAAGAAGUGAAACGUCAAUUGCGUAAAAAACUCAAGUCCAAUUUAAAAACUGUUUCCCAAGAUUCAUUAAUCAAACAAUCUCAUCUAAUACAUCAGAAUCUAUUGAAUCAUGAAUAUUUCAAAACUGCAAGCAACAUAGCUGUGUUUAUGAAUAUGCCUGAUCUGGAAGUUAAAACAAUGGAAAUUAUUGAAAGUUGUUUCACAUUGGAUAAAUCUGUGUAUCUACCACGAUGUAACUAUGUUUCUUCACCAGGGAGAAAGUCAAACUAUAUGUCAUUGCUUAAAAUGACUUCCAUUGAAGCGGUUCAUCAACUUCAACCACAGGGGAAAUACCAACUCUUGGAACCGGUAAGUGGCGUGGAUGUCAUGGAAACUGGAAAUUUAGAUCUAGUAAUUGUUCCCGGUGUAGGAUUUGAUAAAAAUAAGAAUCGUAUGGGUCAUGGUGCUGGCUUUUAUGAUGAAUUUAUCACUACUUUCCAUAAUAAAUUCAAUAAAAAACCAUACUUGUUAGGCGUUGCGUUACAAGAACAAAUUAUUGAUUGUAUUCCUACAGAACCACAUGAUUGGAAAUUAGAUUCAAUAGUUACUUCUACAAAUGUCUAUUAA